UGACGUUUAGCAACACGUUCCGCAUCACGCGAAGAAGACGUUCGGUCUUCCGGUUUCUGUUACGUCGUUUUAUAUACAGCUUGAAAUCGACUAAUCCAAAAAACCCCGAGCGUUUGAAUAUUUUGUAAUGCUGUAUACGACAUGGCUGUAGCAAUGAGCUCCACGUGUCCUGGGCUGUAUUGUGGAAGGACCAUCGUAAAUAACUCUGUAGAAGGAGAAUGUGGGGUUUGUCCUCGUGGCCAGAGAACUAACUAUGAGAAGAUAUGUGAGGAAUGCAGCGGAUCUCCUGAGCUGUAUGACUGGCUGUACCUGGGCUUCAUGGCCAUGCUGCCUCUGGUCCUGCACUGGUUCUUUAUUGAGUGGUAUUCUGGGAAGAAAAGUUCUAGUGCCCUUUUCCAGCAUAUCACCGCUCUGUUUGAGUGCACGGCCGCUGCCAUAGUGACUCUGCUCCUCAACGAUCCUGUCGGCCAACUGUCUAUUCGUUCCUGUGAGGUUAAGAUGCUUUCCGACUGGUACACCAUGUUGUACAACCCCAGUCCCGACUACGUCACCACCCUUCACUGCACGCAGGAGGCUGUGUUCCCUCUGUACACCAUCGUGUUGAUCUACUAUGCCUUCUGUCUGGUUUUCAUGAUGCUUCUGCGGCCACUUCUGGUUAAAAAGAUCGCGUGCGGCCUAGGCAAGACCGAUCGUUUUAAGAGCAUCUACGCAGCGCUGUACUUCUUCCCCAUCCUCACUGUCCUGCAGGCAGUCGGAGGUGGACUUCUUUAUUAUGCAUUUCCAUAUAUUAUCUUGGUCUUGUCUUUGGUCACGUUGGCAGUCUACAUGUCAGCUUCAGAGAUACAGUCUUUCAAAAACCUUGUGGCUAAGAAGAAACGCCUCGUGGUUCUCUUUAGCCAUUGGCUCCUCCAUGCGUAUGGUAUCAUUUCCAUAUCCCGACUGGACAAGCUGGGUCAGGAUUUGCCGUUGUUGGCUCUGGUGCCCGGACCUGCUCUCUUCUACCUGCUGACGGCCAGGUUCACAGAACCAAACAGAAUUCUGUCAGAGGGUGGAAAUGGACACUGAUGUCACUUCCUGUGUCGGAAAAUCACCUCCCUCAAACUCACAUUAGAGACUUUUAAUUUAAUGACACCUUUGGCACAGAGAGCACCAAAGAGCCAUAGUCAUUGCUCAUGAUAUAUUAUGUUGCCAUGAAGUUUUCUUUUUUUUGUCUAAGAAUAUUUUUUAGUUGUUUGCUUGUAUUGAACAGAGAUCAAAUGAAAUGCUUUAUGUAGAAUAUUUUUUUUCCUAACGGAGUCCUGAAAGCGAAUUUUGAAAGGCAGUAGUCACUGUUUUUGUAAAUGUAUAGUAACUUAAGUAUAUAUAUGACUUAUUUACAUUUUGGUUUGGUACAUUUUUAUGUGAUUUGUAUCUGUUGUCAAGAAUGGAUGCAAAUCAGAAAUUUGUUGUAAUGUACAAUAUAUUUUUCGUGUUAAAUAUGAAACAGCUGGCCUGUGAAUUCCCUGAAAACCCUAAUUUAAUGUUAAUCAUUGUCAUGACAAACUUUGUGCCAAAUAUAAUUGUAUGUAUUUACGCUUUUUUUCAUGCAUGGAUAAAAGCUUAACACUAUAAAAGGUAUGUUGUGACAAAUUAGCAUGUGGCGUUCUAUGAUUGUUUUGCUUCUCGAUAUGUAAAUGUGCAUGUAUUGCGAAAAAAAGAUUAUGUAGUUUCCAGUGCUCUCUGACACUUAUCCUUACAACUUGACUAAAGAUUUCUCUUAAGGAUGCAUAUUUAUAAGCUCUACGGUGAUGUGUGGAAUAUAACAAAAUUAUUAGAGCUGUUAAUGUUUUAUAGUUUUAUUCAACAUGCAGUAUGUUAUGUUAUACGUGGUGGUGAAUUACAUUCAUGGCCAUCAGACCUAUGAAAAUGAAUGUUUGUCAGUUUUGUUUGACUUGUUGAAUAAACUGUGACAGAUUUUUGCAUAGA